CUUUGAUGCGGUGGACCCUUCGUUCGAUGUACCUGCUGCACCGGUGCAGAAUCGAGCGAGGCACGCGCCGAGCUCCGAACAGGCAGGAGAGGUCGCAUCUUGGACACGAAGCACGAGCGGAGUAUAGCGUGCACAAAAUAAGACAGACGAGUGCACGAGGAGAGAACGCCACGCGGCGACAUGAGCAUCUGCCACGAAAUGUGAGAACGCCGCUCGCUUCUGCUUUUCGGAGAUCCUUUUUGCACCCCGUGGAAAGCAUCGCGCCAGGAUCCCAGUGUGGAAAACUUCCCCGCAUUGGAUCCAUUGGCCCCAGGCUGGAGGCAGUGUCCUUUGGGAUGUUUCCCCCGUGGAGCGAGGCCAAGAAGAGCGAGCAGGGCCUGGCCUCGGCGCCCCUCCCUGAGCCCCGACGUCCGUGCCUCGUGUGCCAGAUGCGCUUUGCCGCUGCCAACCGACUGCCCCAGCCAUCCAGGUGCCUCCUGUGCAAGGCGGCCGUGACGCAGUCCGAGAUGAUCGAGCACAUCAAGGAGAUGCACCUGAGGCUGCACCGCUGCGGCCACUGCGACCGGGCCUUCGGGUCCCCGGAACAGCUGGAGGGACACGUGCGGGAGAGCCACCCCCUGCAGCAACCCGCCCCGCCGGCCGAGCACGGAGGGACCCGCUGGACGUGCGAGUACUGCCGCAGGGCCUUCACGUACGAGGCCGUCUGGAGACUCCACCUGGGCAUCCACUCGGGGCCCCAGCCGUACUUCUGCGUCCGCUGCAAGAGGAGGAUGGCGACGCAGGGAGAGCUGGACGCCCACCUCAGGGAGUGUGGCCCCGCCGCCAGGAGGACCGCCCCGACGCCCUCGAGGAACGCCAGGACUCGCAACGCUCCAUAUGCGCACCAGAAUCCAGUGGUCGCAGCGGCGUCCGAGGAGGCUCCUCCAGGCAACGGAGCGGCGGCGGCAGCCCGGCCGGCGGAGUUGGCUUGCCCUCUGUGCUCGAAGCGCUACAAGAAGAAGAAAUACUUGACCAAUCACAUCGCGGCCCACAGUGCGGGCAAGAGAUACUGCUGCGAGCGCUGCGGAAGGGCAUACCUCUUCAAGGGCUUCAUGCUCAAGCACAUGCUUGCGGUGCACAACAUGCCGCCCAAAGCGACCACUCGGCCCGCUUCUCACUGAAGCCAUCACCCUUCGACGUCUGCGUGCUACACUCGCGCAAGUCCCUGCCUGCACAUCGCACCACGAUACACCCGGAACACCCAUCAUCGGUGUUUUCACGGCCGGUGCUGGCCACAGGGCCGGACUGACGAGACUGCGGGACCAGCGAGGCGCGAUACCAGCGCCCUGCUGCUUGGCUCAUUCAAGGAGCAAUCGGAUUGCCGAGAAUGCUUCGCGAGAGCUUCUCAGGGCGUUUACAUCUUCCUUUCAACGGCUGCCUUUCCGCGAGAGUUGUUCGCUUUUUGAAGGCAGAGUUUGCUCACACACGUGAAAGGAUAACUUGUUCACCUCUCCCUCCGUGAAGAUCACUCGAAACAAAAUGUCCGCGAGGCUUCUUUCUCGCGUGCAGGGCGCAGAGAUGACUCAUUAUUGGGGUGAACAUCAGAACGCCUAAAACAAACAACUUUGCAAAGAGAACAAAAAACAAAUUAUUUUGCGAAGGAAUAAUGAUCAGACAAAACAUCACGCUCGUUCUUUCUGGACGUUUUUCAGUGAAGCAGCCUUUAAUUUCAUGUUCCUCCGUUUUGCCUUAUUCAUGCGAGUUCCUCAUAUUCUACUAACUCUACUAACGUUUUUUUUUCUUCGUGGCAAGGCUUGUGCCCGUUUUGUUUGAAGUCUCAUUGCGGUGUCUUGCUUCAACGAUCUCUCUUGUGUG